UUUACUUAUAAGCUAAUGUUACACAGAGGUAACUCCGAGUUAAACUAGUGUCGGCCUUUGAUGACCUAAAAACAUCAGUGAAGUCUAAUUGAUGACCGUGAUCUAUUCAAGUACGAUGGUCGUUUUAAUUAUCUAUUGCUUUUCUUAUUCUUGAUUAAAAUAGUUUCUCUGCUGUCGUUAUAGGUGAUACUAUGAAAGAGGGCUUUGAGCCUGAAUCAAUUAAUGAUAUUGAAGUAGGUGUGAGGAUUUUGUUUAAGGAGCCUUGGUUUACCGGGAGAUUUCUAGGAACAGUCAAGUACGUCGGACCUAUUCCUAACCGAAUUGGAUAUGGUCUUGGCGUAGAGUUAGAUCCAAAUCAAGAGUUACCAACGUGGUACCUUGUAAACAGCGGAACAUUUGGAGGAAAAAGAUACUUUACUUGUACACCAGGUAGAGGCUUCUUCGUCUCUUUUGAAAACGUUAUCGAGUGUUACAGAUGACGAUUACAGUUGGCUUCCUAUUUGAAACAACAAGAAAGUCCAAACAGUCUCUUUACCAUCUUGAAAUGUACGUCCACUGCUUAAAGGACACUUCGUCGACCAAUCACAGUUACUGCACCUUGGUCUACCAUCAGUUUGUAAAUUCAAUAGAAGUUAACAGACUUGUCUCAAGGCGUGUAGAAUUUACGAAAGUAUGGUAAUUAAGUAGAUACUGUAUGUCUUUAACUUCCAGACGUUUGUUCAGAAAAGAGCAUUAAGUGAACUUUUUAACUAAUCGUUAAUCUUCACUAUUCUUUGUCAUUCAAGUGUAAUGUUCGUAGAAUUUUUCUGAUUUUUUUAUAAGUACAAAAUUAAGCUAGAUACGAUGUAAACUGAUUGCCAAUUGCAAGCCGAGACCGCAUCACAUCGGCGGUUAACUGGAGGUAAAUACGUGGAUACAUUUUCUGUCUAGGUCGCAGUAUUUGGAUUUCAAAACAGCAAAUAGUUUGUAUUGUGAUCGGAAAACAUUGCGAGGAUAAA